AUGACCGCGCAUUCGGUUCGUUUCGCUCCUCCUUUCUUUCCGCCUCGCAUUCUCGCCGCGUGGCAGCUUCCCGCCAUGUCAGUGGCGGCAGGCGUCAGCGAUGCGGCGAUCGCGAUUCGAGAGAAGCUUCGCGGAAGGAUCGCGCAGACGAAGGUGAAGCGGUACUGGCCGGGAAAGGCGCCCGAAUGGGCGGACGACGCGGAGGAGGCGCGCGGAGGCGUGUUCGGGGAACCGGAGGACGAGCGGGAGGAAAUCGGCGACCGACUGACGCGCGUUAGGGUUUCCGAGAAUGACGCGCGGUUGCGCCGAUUAGGAGAGAGCCGGCGCGACAGGGAGGAGGCCGUGGCGCGGCAUCGGGAGAUCCGGGCGGCGGAGAUUAUCUCGACGCGGGAGGAGGAGGAGAGGAAGCAGCAGGAGCGCGAGGAGGAGGAGGAGGAAGAGGAGGAUGAAGACGCGAUCGAGGAGCGACGGCGGAGGAUACGCGAGAGGCUAUUACAGCGGCAGAGGGAAGAGGAGGAGCUAGCAGCGUUAGGGGAGGGCGAGGAGGAGGAGGAAGAGGAGGAAGAAGAGGAGGAAUCUUCCGAGUAUGAGACCGAUUCGGAGGAGGAAGGGGGCGGUAUGGCGAUGAUUAAGCCUGUUUUCGUUCCCAAGGGCGAGCGCGACACGGUUGCGGAGCGCGAGCGCGUGGAGCAGGAGGAGCGCGAUUUAGAGGAGGCGGUGCGGCGGCGCGUGGAGGAGCGCAAGGCGGAGACGCGGCGGCUCGUGGUGGACGACGUGCGGCGCGAGGAGGAGAAGGAGCAGCGGCGCGCGGAGGAUGGCGGCGGCGGCGCGGACGGGGACGGCGCGGGGGCGGCGGCGGAGGACGUGGAGACGGACGACGAGACGGACGCGGAGGAGGAGUUCGAGCGGUGGCGCGCGCGCGAGAAGGCGCGCGUGCGGCGGGAGCGCGAGGAGCGCGAGGCCGUCGCGCGGGAGAAAGAAGAACGCGAGCGGCUGGCGCGGAUGACCGAGGAGGAGCGGCGGGAGUGGGAGCGGCGCAACCCCAAGGCUGCGCCCGCGGGCAGGACGAAAACAAAAUGGAAGUUCAUGCAGAAGUACUACCACAAGGGCGCGUUCUUCCAGGCGGGCGCGGACGACAAGGGCGGCACGGCCGGCACGGACGAGAUCUAUGCGCGGGAUUACUCGGAGGCCACUGGGGAGGACCGGCUGGAUAAGAGCGUGCUGCCCUCCGCCAUGCAGGUGAAGCACUUUGGCCACAGUGGGAGGAGCAAGUGGACGCAUCUGGUGAACGAGGACACCACGCAGCAGGACUCCCCGUGGGCGUACAACGACGCGUUACGAGCGAGGUACAACAACAAGAUGGCGGGGAUGGACAAGCCACUGGAGAAGCCCAAAGGCAGCAAGAAGCUCAAGAACGCGCUGCAGAAACCGUGA